AUAGAACACCAGAAAAGAAAAAAAGUUGUCUAAAUCCAACUUCAAAAUAUUUGACUGUUUGUACAACUUUCAUGUACUUCUCGUUUCUCCACGUCCUAGAUCUCUCCAAAUGUCAGAUAAAAGCAAAACUGCUUCUUGCUACUUGUCAUUUUAUACGGGUUUUUCUCUUUAUUUUAUUCAGUUGCGUCUCCUUCAACAAUCUUGCGUCCUAGUCCUGACCCUUCAUUUUGUUUUUGGUUUUGGUUGCUUCAAGUUCUAGUUUCAGUCACCAAACACUGAUUUACAAAUUCUCAGGAGAAGCUGCUUGAACAUUCCAAAAAGCUUGGCCAUGUAUCGUUAGUAUUUUUUUGUUUCUCCAAGUUAUUGAGUGGGCAUUGCUUUUCUAUCAGAUUUGAACAUUUUACAUACCACAGAGAUUUCUUUAAGGGUUUUAUUGAUAGGGUUGUUAUAUCGUAAGUCGGAAUGCAAUUUCUUGGAAUUGGGUUAUUUUAGUUGAAGGGAAAGCAUCUUCAUAAAAGUCAAGGCUUUUUAAUUUUGAAGUAAUUUUUUUUAGAAAGCUAUUUUGAAGUAAAUUUGAUUGAACGGUUUUCCGUUAUUUUCGUGGACCAAAUCGUUUUCUACUCGGUGGCCAAAUGUUCCAGUUUUAGAGUUCCUGAACUUGUAUGUAAGGUUUGAGUGGCAUUUUUCUUAGGUAUUCGCGUCCUGGGGUGGUCGGGGAUUUCGGUUUUUUAGAUCUGAGGGAAAGUGACAACGAGAGAUUAGGAAUCUAAAUGUGUAAUUGGGUUUUGCUUCGAGUCAUGAGAACAUUGGUGUGGGGCGAAGUUCAGAUGCUCAACUUUUAAAAGCCAUUUUUUAUGUACGGAGUGUUGCAGUUUUAGCUUAGAAGUCGUUUGGGGGGUGGUCAGAAAUUCUUAUUGUGAGAGGGAAGAUUAGCAUUUUCGCCUGUUUUUGAAAAAUGGGGCAUUCUGCAGCGAUCUGGGAUUAUAAGGCAGCAGUCGAAAUUACAAAGGACUGGAAUGGGAUCGAUCAGGCUGUGCUUGGGAAUCCUCAAGGAGCUUCAGCACGGGUAAGCUUGCAUGGAGGACAGGUAACUUCUUGGAGGAAUGAGCAUGGGGAAGAACUCCUAUUCACAAGUAGUAAGGCCAUUUUUAAGCCCCCAAAAGCUAUGCGGGGAGGAAUACCCAUUUGCUUCCCUCAGUUUGGAAACUGCGGAUCACUAGAACAACAUGGAUUUGCGAGGAACAAGAUUUGGAUGGUUGAUGAUAAUCCUCCGCCUUUGCACCCAAAUGAUUCCCAAGGGAAAGCCUUCAUUGACCUACUACUUAAACCAUCGGAAGAUGACCUAAAGUUCUGGCCCCAUAGCUUUGAGUUUCGUCUUAGGGUGUCUCUAGCAACAAAUGCAGAUCUGAUGCUGAUAUCACGGAUUAGAAAUGUCAAUGGAAAGCCGUUUAGUUUCUCGUUUGCCUAUCAUACAUACUUGUCAGUUUCUGACAUAAGUGAAAUAAGAAUAGAAGGUCUGGAGACACUUGACUAUCUGGACAAUCUUUGCCGAAGAGAACGUUUUACUGAACAAGGAGAUGCCGUAACUUUUGAAGCUGAGCAGGUGGAUCGAGUUUAUCUUGGUUCUCCUAAUGUAAUCGCCGUCCUUGAUCAUGAAAAAAAGCGGACAUACUUGAUAAGAAAGGAAGGACUGCCAGAUGCUGUAGUGUGGAAUCCAUGGGAGAAGAAAUCAAAAUCCAUGGUAGAUUUUGGUGACGAGGAAUACAAACAGAUGCUUUGUGUGGAUGGGGCAGCAAUCGAGAAACCUAUCACUUUGAAGCCGGGGGAGGAAUGGACGGGGCGAUUGCAGCUCUCGGUUGUGCCAUCGAGUUUCUGCAGUGACCAACUCCAUCUUUAGGAGGAGCGGUUUGGGAUGAAUGGUACGAAGUUUCAAGAGCAUGCGGACGAUAAUAUACAUGGUUCUUUUGUUCUUUCUUCACCUUUUCAGUUGGAAGCUUAGUUGAAAUGUUACAUAACUAGCUUCAAGUUGUAGAGAGUUUAGAACAUCCCCGUACCAGUUAAGUACUACGUUGAAGGAAUGAAAGCAUAGACAAAACUGUAAUUUCUCAUACUAUGAUAAUGUAUCGGGAAAACCUAUGUUUUUAAUGGAAUGCCUGGCCCCGGGAACGUGGAUAUGAA